AGUUUUCUCAAUAAUUCUCGGCUUCCAUCUUUUCUUCUCCACAAGUAAGAGAACCAGAGAAGAAUCCGAGCUAGCUAGGGUUUCAUUGUGAAUCCAAAAUGGGAUAUACAGGCAGAAGAAAAUCGAGAUAAAUCAACGAAAAUGAUUUGUAUAAUCAUCUUGAAGAUUUAAAGGAAAAUCAAGAGCUUCAAAAACUCCAAAAUUGAUAGGCAUCCAUCAUCAUCAUCAUGUAUCAUCCAAACAUGUUCGAGUCUCAUCAUCAUAUGUUCGAUAUGACACCGAAAAACUCCGAAAACGAUUUGGGUAUCACCGGGAGCCGAGAAGAGGAUUUCGAGACUAAGUCCGGCGCAGAAGUCACCAUGGAGAAUCCUUUAGAAGAAGAGCUUCAAGAUCCAAAUCAGCGUCCCAACAAAAAGAAGCGUUACCACCGUCACACACAACGCCAGAUUCAAGAGCUAGAGUCGUUCUUUAAGGAAUGUCCUCAUCCAGAUGACAAGCAAAGAAAGGAGCUGAGUCGCGAGCUAAGUUUAGAACCUCUUCAAGUCAAGUUUUGGUUCCAAAACAAACGCACUCAAAUGAAGGCACAACAUGAGAGGCACGAGAACCAGAUUCUGAAGUCAGAAAAUGACAAGCUCCGAGCAGAGAACAAUAGGUACAAGGAUGCUCUAAGCAAUGCAACAUGCCCAAACUGUGGCGGUCCUGCAGCUAUAGGAGAAAUGUCAUUCGACGAACAGCAUUUAAGGAUCGAAAACGCUCGUCUACGCGAAGAGAUCGAUAGAAUCUCUGCCAUAGCUGCUAAAUACGUAGGGAAGCCUUUAUUGGCUAAUUCCUCGUCUUUCCCUCAGCUCACUUCACACCACAUUCCCUCGCGCUCGCUUGAUCUUGAAGUUGGGAACUUUGGGAAUAAUAACAAUAGCCAGGCGGGUUUCGUUGGGGAAAUGUUUGGAAGCAGCGACAUUUUGAGGUCGGUUUCUAUUCCUUCUGAGGCUGAUAAGCCUAUGAUUGUUGAGUUAGCGGUUGCAGCCAUGGAAGAGCUUGUGAGAAUGGCUCAAACUGGUGAUCAUCCCUUGUGGAUUUCAAAUGAUAAUUCGGUUGAGAUUCUCAAUGAAGAAGAGUAUUUUAGGACGUUCCCUAGAGGAAUUGGACCGAAACCUAUCGGAUUGAGAUCAGAAGCUUCAAGAGAGUCCACUGUUGUUAUCAUGAAUCAUAUCAAUCUCAUUGAGAUUCUAAUGGAUGUGAAUCAAUGGUCUAGUGUGUUCUGCGGGAUUGUAUCGAGAGCAUUGACUCUGGAGGUUCUGUCAACCGGCGUAGCAGGGAACUACAAUGGGGCAUUGCAAGUGAUGACAGCAGAGUUCCAAGUCCCAUCACCGCUGGUCCCGACGCGCGAGAACUACUUUGUGAGGUACUGUAAGCAGCAUAGCGACGGUAUCUGGGCGGUUGUCGAUGUCUCUUUGGACAGCCUAAGACCAAGUCCGAUCACUAGAAGCAGAAGAAGACCCUCUGGUUGUUUGAUUCAAGAAUUGCAGAAUGGUUAUUCCAAGGUGACAUGGGUAGAGCAUACUGAGGUGGAUGAUAGAUCGGUUCACAACAUGUAUAAACCGCUGGUUAAUACCGGUUUAGCUUUCGGUGCGAAACGUUGGGUGGCUACACUUGACCGCCAAUGCGAGCGGCUCGCUAGUUCAAUGGCCAGCAACAUUCCGGCUGGUGAUCUUUCCGUGAUAACGAGUCCUGAGGGAAGGAAGAGCAUGCUGAAACUAGCGGAGAGGAUGGUGAUGAGCUUCUGUAGCGGAGUCGGAGCGUCAACUGCACACGCCUGGACUACAUUGUCUACCACAGGAUCCGAUGAUGUCCGGGUCAUGACCCGAAAGAGCAUGGAUGAUCCAGGAAGACCUCCAGGCAUAGUUCUAAGCGCCGCUACUUCUUUCUGGAUCCCUGUAGCUCCAAAACGAGUUUUCGAUUUCCUCAGAGAUGAAAAUUCAAGAAGCGAGUGGGAUAUACUUUCUAAUGGAGGCUUGGUUCAAGAAAUGGCACAUAUCGCAAAUGGUCGUGAUCCUGGGAACUCUGUCUCCUUGCUCCGAGUCAAUAGUGGGAACUCAGGACAGAGCAACAUGUUGAUCUUACAAGAAAGCUGUACAGACGCAUCAGGAUCGUAUGUGAUAUACGCACCAGUCGAUAUACUGGCUAUGAAUGUUGUCCUGAGUGGUGGCGAUCCGGAUUAUGUGGCUUUGUUACCAUCCGGGUUCGCUAUUUUGCCUGAUGGCUCUGCUAGAGAAGGAGGAGGAAGUGCUAGUGUGGGUGCUGGUGCUGGAGUUGAAGGAGGAGAGGGGAACAAUCUUGAAGUGGUUAAUACUACUACUACUACUGGGAGUAGUGGUGGUUCACUACUCACAGUUGCGUUUCAGAUACUUGUUGACUCUGUGCCAACUGCUAAACUCUCUUUAGGCUCAGUGGCUACAGUCAACAGUCUGAUUAAAUGUACCGUCGAGCGGAUUAAAGCCGCUGUGGCCUGCGAUGGCGCCUAAUUGAAGUUUUCAGAAGUAAGAGUGAAAGGGGAGGUUUAGGGAGUUUUUAAUUCAACAAGUUUAUGAUAAUGUUUGUGUUUUUUGGAUUUUAUAGUCUUUUGAGAUUCUCCAAAAGAAGUCAAGAACGCACCUUUUUGCGUUUAAUCUCAUUGCGCGUUUGUUAGCGGGCGGGCCAAAAAAAGAGGCUUGAGAAAGAAAGGGUAAAGAGGUUC